AUGAAGAUAGUGACCUACAACGUGAACGGACUAAGGCCUCGCGUCUCACAAUUCGGUUCUCUUCUCAAGCUACUCGAUUCGCUCGAUGCCGAUAUCAUCUGCUUUCAGGAGACAAAGCUGUCGAGACAAGAAAUGAGAGCAGAUUUGGCGAGGGCAGAGGGAUACGAGUCUUUUUUCUCUUGCACUCGCACUUCUGAUAAAGGCCGCACUGGAUAUUCCGGUGUUGCGACAUUUUGCCGAGUCAAGUCUGCAUUUUCGAGUGAAGAAGUGGCUUUGCCACUUGCUGCAGAGGAAGGCUUCACUGGCCUUCUUGAGCAUUUCUCAGGGGAUGUAUCAAGAAGGGAUGACUCAGUGGUUGAAGGCCUCGAAGAUUUUUCGGUAGAUGAGCUUUUGAAAGUUGACAGAGAAGGGCGUUGUAUAAUCACUGACCACGGUCAUUUUGUUCUUUUCAAUGUAUAUGGGCCUAGAGCUGAAUGUGAUGAUACAGAAAGGAUUCAAUUUAAGUUCAAUUUUUUCAAAAUACUACAGAGAAGAUGGGAUUGCCUUCUGCGACGGGGACGCAGGGUAUUUGUAGUUGGGGAUCUCAACAUUGCUCCUGGCGCUAUAGAUCGAUGUGACGCUGGACCAGAGUUUGAGAAAAAUGAGUUUAGAAAAUGGUUUCGAUCUUUGCUAAUGGGAAAUGGGGGACAAUUUUUUGAUGUUUUCAGAGAAAAACAUCCAGAGAGAAGAGAAGCCUACACUUGCUGGCCAACGAAUUCUGGUGCAGAGGAGUUCAACUACGGCACACGUAUUGACCAUAUUCUCAUUGCUGGGUUAUGCUUUCACAGAGAUGAAAAUCAAGGAGGCCAUAGCUUUGUGUCGUGCCACGUUAAAGAGUGCGACAUUUUACUGCAGUUCAAACGCUGGAAACCUGGUAAUACACCCAGGUGGAAAGGAGGGAGAAAUGUCAAAUUGGAAGGCUCAGAUCACGUUCCUGUCUAUAUGAGCUUGGUUGAGAUCUCCAAUAUUCAACCCCAUAAUACUCCCCCAUUAUCUACUAGAUACUGUCCCCAGGUCUACGGAUGUCAGCAGACUCUAGUGUCAAUGUUAGUUAAAAGGAAAUCUGUUGAAGAAUUUAGAUGUGGAGGAUCAAGUUCUUUUUCAAAAGAAAAUACUGUUCUCCAAAGUUGCAAUCUACUUGGGAAACGAUCACCACAUUCCUGCAGCUCAUCUUCAUUAAACUUGACACACGAAGGUGUAUUUUCUACCCCAGCAGAGGCUCCUGAAUGUUCUGACAAAGAAUCAUCCUGUAACUCACCUUGCACUGAUAUUAAUGGUGCUAAAUUGUUGGCCUCAGUAGAGGAGAAGAAGCAGAAAGCAAGACACAGUCAUUGGUCCCAGCUUUCACUCAAAUCGUUCUUCCAGACAAGUAACAGUGACAACUCAAGCAGUUUGUUUGCAGACAAUAAGCUUAAUCAAGCAAAUUUCUCUAAUCCUUGUUGUGAAUCCAAUGAAAUUAUUGGUGAAAGUGGUGAAUGUGAUGCUCAAAAGGAGUGGGAUUUACAACAAAGUGUGCCAAUGCAAGAGGAAAAUGGGAUUGAUGGCUCUCAACUUCUAGAAAAUGAAAAGAACGUGGCCAUAGUAGAGUGGCAAAGGAUUCAACAACUGAUGCAGAAUAGUAUUCCUCUUUGCAAGGGUCAUAAGGAACCCUGCGUUUCUCGAGUGGUGAAGAAAGCUGGUCCGAAUCUAGGUCGCCAAUUUUAUGUCUGUGCACGUGCUGAGGGACCUGCAUCUAAUCCUGAAGCGAACUGUGGUUAUUUCAAAUGGACUGCUUCAAAAUUGACACGUAAAAGAUGA